CCUACCAAAUAACCAACCAGUUUGUGGAGAGUGUUGGUAAGGAAAGUUAUUCUGUAUCAGCCAUUGAUUGCACUGUCGAUCAUUCAUACCCACCUACAGUGAGGCUGAUAACAAAUUAAACAGGAACUUUAAUCCCCUGGUAAUUUAAGUAGGUCAGACAGGGUUGACAGAUAGUGGUCGCGACAUAAGACGACGGAGUCGGAUACUUGUAGCUAGUCCCUAUAGGUUGCAUGUCUACCACGACAGUGAUGGCGUCAAUAGUAAGCAACCAAACUAUCCCUGCCUGUGCGGACAUCAUUGAUGUAUGGGCAUUCCAACAUUACAUCAACCUCCUUGCGGCUGGCAUGAUCUUCAUUCUAGCGCUUCUGCAGAAGCGAAGAUUCCGACCCGAGGUAUGCGGAGGGAGACCGGCAUUGAUUGUUCCUCUUCCUCUACUAGAUGGCUACGACAACCGUGUCUCAUACGCCGCAGCCUUCGGGGCCGUCACCAACAUCGUCACAAAUUUGAUUUUGAACUUGGAUGCACCCAACUACAUCAACGUUCCUUUCUGGGCUAGGACACUGGUGCUGCAGUUUCGAAUUCUGGAGGCCUGCAUCACAUGUUUUCCACUGUUCGCCUGUAUUUCGACACGACACAAGCUGGCUGGGGCAGUUCUCGGUGUCACAUAUAGUUCGAUAAUCUUAGGCAGUACGUUCGCUAAGGCCGUACAGUACUACUGCCAGGUUUCACAGUACAGUGCUACUGACCCAGCACUAACGGUAUUUCGAGCGGUAUCGGUUCUCACCUACAUCCCGGUUGUGCUGUGCUUCUUCUAUCUUAUCUUCAAGUUCCUUCUUACCAUCACGAAGUGCAUCAGGUCAAGCACAUACGUCAUAACAGAGCCGCUGAAACGGGUGUACACUCACCAGCAGCAGUAUGUGCGUCUAGUUCUACACAGAGGCUAUGACCCAAGCAAAGAGACAACAACCUGUGACAAACUUAUCUACAGAUCCAUGCCCGCAUUCAAGUACCCAGUGCGAAUUAUAUCUGUGGUCUUUAUACUGCUCCUACUUCUAUACAGAAUUGGAUUGGCCCUGAUUCUGGCAGGUGCUCAAAUUGUUACGGCGAUGGCAACUUAUUCCGGCCGACAGCACUUCCCUGGAACUAAGUUUAUUUUAUUGACGCCAGUGGCUGUUGAUCUAUUUGCAGCCGUGUACUUCAUUACCGCGAUUGUAUGUGUGAUAGUCACUUCAUUCAACAUCUACCUGUUUAUGAAGAGUUACAGACGUCAUUUGCUGCGCAUGUUUCGGGGAAACAAGAGUUUCAUUCUCGAUCAACUGCCGAAACCACAUAUAAUGAUGGUCAAUAGCAUGCGCUUUCCUGGAUAUCAAGUUGCAUACAUGUUAUGGGGGUUUUUCAUGCUGUUUCUUGAGCUUUUCGUCAUGGGUUCCAUACUCACCUAUGUGAUCUACGUGAUUAUCAUCAAUAACCGCCUGACAGAUGCACUAACAUCGCUGUUACGAACAUUAAGUGUUCCAGCCACGGCGUUGCUGUGGUUCUAUCUACAAGUUGCCCUGGUCAAGCGCGUGCUCAUGCAAGAGAGGAUCAAGGUUACAGAUGAUACACCUCCUCUAAGUGUGGACAACAGGCGCUUUUAUGAAUGCUUUAAUUACUACGCCUUGUUCGGAAAUCUGGCCAUUGGAAUAUUUUCGUGUUUCUGGAGAAUUCUACAAGGGCUCAUUCUUGGUGUCUUUAUGGUUGGUCGACUGGAUCACAGCAUAUAUUCAAGGAGCUGGGAACACAGAGACAAAGGCUAUCUGUCGUACAUCUCCAUGCUGCACGUGGAUAACGCACUCAACCACCCGAUGUUGAGAGUCUUCUGUGACCUGUUACUUACAGCUCUGGAUAAGGAUGGACAUCAGCACAUAUUUCAGACACCGGUGAGAAGAAAUACCAAAGCUAUAAGAAGAUGGCUUGUGGCUUACACGCUUAUCAACAACCCAGAACUUGCUCAAAGAAGAAAAAGUGUAAGCAACAACAAAAGUCAGUUAUCCAGAAUUCCUGAGGCUGAACUGGAAUGUGCUGUUGACUGGCCCAUUGAUGGCGGAAUCAGUUCCUCUGUGGAAUUUGCUUCGAGUGGAAGGAAUGUUUUGGUAUAUCAAGCAUCCCCACAAGACCAUUCGGAUCUGUGAUUGAACAAUGCUUGUGACUGAUCAGUGCUCGUUAUUGGACAGUGUCUGUGAUUGGGACAGUGCUUUUGGGACAGUGCAUGUGAUGGGAUAGUGUCUGACUGAACAGUGCUUUUAGUGGGACAGUGCUCGUGAGUGGACAUCGCUUGUGAUUGGGACAGUGUUUUUGAUGGGACAGUGCUUAUGGGACAGUGCUGGUGAUUUGAUAGUGUCUGACUGAACAGUGCUUUUGGUGGGACAGUGCUCGUAAGUGGGCAGUGCUUGUGAUUAGGACAGUGCUUGUGAUGGGAUAGUGUCUGUAAUUGGGACAGUGCAUGUGAUGGGAUAGUGUUUGACUGAACAGUGCUUUUGAUGGGACAGUGCUCGUGAGUGGACAAUGCCUGUGAUUGGGACAUUGUUUGUGAUGGGACAGUGCAUGUUAUGGAAUAGUGUCUGACUGAACAGUGCUUUUGGUGGGACAGUGCUCGUGAGUGGACAGUGCUUGUGAUUAGGACAGUGCUGGUGAUGGGAUAGGGUCUGUAAUUGGGACAGUGCACGUGUUUGUGGUGGGACAUGUUUACAGUGCUCUUUGGUGGACAGUGCUUGUGAUUAGGACAGUGCUUGUGAUGGGACAGUGCAUGUGAUGGGGAAGUGCCUGGAAUUAGGACAGUGCAUGUGAUGGGACCAUACUUAUGACUGAGCAAUGUUUUUUAUUGGACAGUACUUGUGACUGGACAGUUUUUGUGAUCAUGACAUUCAGACCAUGUCUUAAAAUUACUAUUACUUGCUUUACGGCUCCGGCCUCUGAAUUACUACAUGUAUGUGUGGUAUAAAAUGUUAUGUUUAGAACAGUUUGAAACAUAUUUUGAUCAAUAUUCGAAAGGAAACUUUUUCACUUGCCAUUCACAGUAACAGUUCAAACAUCUACUCUUAUAACUGUAUUAAUUCACGCUCCAAUUCAUGUUCGAAAGUCAGUAAUAUUGGACAAUAAUAGCAAGGUCACACGGUAGAUGACAAUGGCUGUAUUAUAACUUACUUGUACAUGUAUAUCAGGUACUUACCAAUAAUACAGUUGUCACUUGUACACGCAGUAGACAUGUUAAGAUGGAUAACCAACCAAUGCACUGAUGCAUUUGACUAAAUGUGGUAUUCAGAUUGUGCAUUUAGGAACACAGACCGAGUUCGAAAAGUAGGUUGUUGUCAACCUAAUCAGAGUCCACGUAAAACUGACUAGACCUGUCAGAAACAUGUUCCCGUGUUUUAUCAGUUGUUAUUAUUGAUGGAUUAAAUCGCAUUUGAUGUGUAGAACAAUUCAAAUUUAAACAUACAUGUAGGUCAAAUCAGUCAAUACUGACGAGGUCAACUUUCGCUGGAUAACGACUAAAACUGACUUGUGUUACCACGUAGAUCAGAUAUAAGUUACCACAUGUAAAUUCAGAAUAGGGUAAGUAGUCGUAACUUGACAAAUUAGUCAAUAUCAUGAAGUGAGUGAGUGAGUAUUGUUUUACCCCGCUUUUAUCAAUAUUCGAGCUUUAUCACGGCGGGCACACCUAAAUGGGUUUAAUACAUUGAACACAUAUGGGGAAGCGAGCUCAGAGCUUCGGUGUCAUGAGCGAACGCUUUGACAACUAGACUACCCCACCGCCCCAGAUAUCAUCGAAACCACAGGUCAAUGUUAAUUGCCUAACGCAAUGUAGGAGCCACACUCAUACCCACGUGUGUACAAGUCCAAACACAUGUUUGGCCACUGCCACUUCUCAUUUUCUAGAUCUGUUGUUCAAAUACAGACAUCAAGUCUUUAGCUUCUCACAAAUUCAACCCAAUAUAUGGUCAUUCAUAUAUGUGUAAUGUAUAUUCAUAAAAAAGUGUGUAUUAUAGACUGAUUUCAUAUCUAUAUAACAGCCACAUUUUAGCAACUGUAAAUCAAGGAUGAAAUAAUAAAAGCUCACUUCUUUUAGGGAAUGAUCGAUUAUUUAACUCAUUACUUUUUUGUUCUCUUUUGUAAUUUGUUACAUUGUGUAGAUGUGGAUAUUCAUUCUUUAAAGUGUGAAAACAUGUAUCUCAGCAUGUCGUGUUUUACAUGUCACUUUACACCCCGCCCCGUAGAGGCAUAAUUCCUGCAUAUAUUUAACUUAUGCACUUCAACCUGACUAAGAUUGAUUUAAUGUUAUAAGUUCAGGCAUGAAGUGGAAAACAAUCAAGAAAAUGCUGUCAAAACAACAAAGGAAAUUUAAUGUUACUUACGUCGCAGAUACAUUUCUUGAGUUUUCAUUUUAUAUGUGUCGCAUUUUGAAAUAUCAAGAUGUAGUGUGCACAUAUCAUAAAUAAUAAUUAGUAUGAUUGUGGUAACAAUAGGUGACUUAUAAAGAGCAAGGCCGGGGCAAGGGUUCGCUCAAAGCGCAUAUUUAUAUUACUGUUAUAUUACCCUGAUCAGUUCCCAGGGGAGUAUAAAAUAUCACAGACCAUCAGCUGUAAUCUCAGUAUUAUAUUGUGUCAGUAUUCAGCUCUAUGUUUUCCGUAUAAUCUGUCCUUUAGCACAAGUGUCUGGUGUUCAUGAUUAAAUAGAUUAUUGAUUUACAACACAAGUACUUUUACUUCAACGUUUUAAGGUCAAUGUUUGUGUGUUUGAUUGAUUAUUAAACUCGUUACUUUUAUUAUGUUCGUUUGGACUUUGUUAUAUUGAACAUAUGUUAAUGUUGACGCUUUAAAAUCUACAAACAUGUAUUCAGCAUGUUGUGUUUUAUCGCUCUUUUACAUAUCUCUAUACGCCUCGUCUGCUGUGAAAAAUAUAGUGUCAAUAUUCCAUUUUAUGGAGUUUUCUCUCUGUAAGAUCUGUCAUUUCUACUCCAGCAUUGAUGUACACUUCUGUGUUUUUAAUAAAUUUAUGAAUUAUUUGGGUGUUUGAUUGAUUAUAAAACUCGUUACAUUUAUGAUGUUCUUUUGGACUUUGUUAUAUUGUACAGAUGUUAAUGUUGACGCUUUAAAGUGUGCAAACAUGUAUUCAGCAUGUUAUGUUUUAUCGCUCUUUUACAUAUCUCUGUGCAUCCCUUCUGCUGUGAAAAAUAUGGUGUCAGUAUUCCAUUUUGGGGGGUUUUCUUUCUGUCAUUUCUACUCCAGCAUUGAUGUACACUUCUGUGCUUUUAAUGAAUAUAUUAAUUAUUUGUGUGUUUGAUUUAUUAUAAAACUCGUUACUUUUAUUAUGUUCUUUUGGACUUUGUUAUAUUGUACAGAUGUUAAUGUUGACGCUUGAAAGUGAUCAAACAUGUAUUCAGCAUGUUGUGUUUUAUCAAUCUUUUACAUAUCUCUAUACACCCCGUGCUGUGAAAAAUAUGGUGUCAAUAUUCCAUUUUAUGGUGGUUUCUCUCUGUAAGAUC